UCCAACGCAUCUGUGAAACGCUCGGGUGCGGAGGAACUGUGUCUCCGUCGGCUACAUGGCAGAGGUGCUAUAACUGCAGCUUGCGGCGCUGGAAAGAGCGCCAGCAGGCUGCUAUUGCUACCAGUGCAACCGGGGAGUCUGUUUUGCCUAUGGACGGUACACAUGAGGGUGCUUCAAAUUCCGAUGUGGCUAUGCAUGGCGCUGGGCCUCCGCCAUAUGAUACAUUCGUGGUGGAGCGAGUUACGAAAAACAGAGAGCCAGGACAAGUCAUCAUUCAUUCCGCGGCAGUUGCAAGUACUUCCAGUACAGUCAUUGCUGAGCGUGGUAGAGACGCUCGCGUGAAACCCGAAAUUAACAACGUUUACAUCUCCGGAUGGGGCAGCGACUUGACAGAUCUAUCCUCGGAAGACGAAGGUGUUGAUUCGGACCCUGAUACCGAAGAGUCAUCCACGAUCAAGAUUCGCAUCCCUGUGCUUGCUUCUCAACUUCCUAAAGGUGCCAGGGCGCGGGUUUGCGGGAUCAAGCGCUGUAACAUUGUAUUGCCUCCGAAUUACCGCUGGAAGAUCUGUGAUUCAUGUCGGAGAUACCAACGGAAGUACCAAAGGAUUCGUAUGGAGAAAAUCCGCCGUCGUAUGGAGAACUUCUCUCGGAUAAACGCCCGUGAGUCUGCUCUCGUUAGCGAUCAUUCUGCAUCGUUUCCAGAGGAGCAAAUAGAUAAGGUGACGCCAAUGGAAGGUUCUCGCAUCUGCGCCGUUCCUCGUUGUCGCACAGAAUUACUACCUGUGACCAAACACCGCUGGAAAUGCUGCGGAGUUUGCCGCAUGCGUGCUCGCGACGAUGCAAGAGCAAGACGAUCGACCCCCGGAGCCAACCUGGACUUGGAAGAACCGGUGGAGCAGACUUCAUCAUCGGACAUUUCGCCCUUUCCUGCCUUUCAAAAUCGUAGCGUAUUGUUAUCAGAGUUUGGCGCGAUGCUGGGGCGGUUCUUGGAAGCACAGAUAUUGUACUUGCGCGUGAAGCUUCAGACAGCAGGCGAGAAAGCAUUGUUGAAGCUUGAUCCUGUGCUAUUUGCGUUCGACGGUGAAUAUUCGACAGUGACCGGCCAGCGGGAAUACCAAGAUAAUGUCCAAGACAAAUCCGACCCUGAGCACGGUCAGGAAGCAGAGCUGCAAAAGGAAGCUGCCUCCACUGUCAAGGAGCUCGAUAAUGCGCUCCUCACUGAAUUCAAGCCAACAGAAGGUUUUAUAAUCAAGUCUGGAGGGGUAAUAAUUCGAUACAAAUGUGCGUUAGAGCUGAUUGUCCCACUCCGUCCUUUACCCAAUACAAUGGACUCGAAGGAUACCGACACUUCGCGAUCACAUGUCCCUUACAUGAAGUCGGUGUCUGGGGAGCUGGAGGUAGCGGUUGUUCCAGACGACUCGCACAGUACUUUACUGGGUCGACGAACUAUUAUCCGAUUCCGCAUGCUGGGAUAGCUAGGAUAGCGUUCGCUUGGAACCCUUUUACAA